GUGCCAUACCACAAAGAUAAGAAAACUGAAUUUCGUAACUGACAAUUAUUUUUAAGUCAGUGAACUAAUAGUUUCAUCCACCAUAUUGUGAUAACGCUACGAUCUGACACCAUGACGACUCGUGUUUUUCUUGUGUGCUUGGCAAUUUUUGCUGGAGCGGUACAAUGUCAAGUUCCCACUAAGGAUCCCUAUUCGGAAUUUAUCUGUCAUCGUUUGGAGAACGAAGUUUGCACCAGCCACAAAGUUGAUGAAAGAUGUGGAAGCGAUAAUGUCACGUACAGAAAUGGGUGCGAGCUAGGCAAAGCAUACUGUGCCAAUGACCACAUCCAUCAGGCACACAAAGGUCCAUGUACAAAUGAUCCGCAUGCUACCAGAAGUACAGAGGAAGUUAAACAUGCCAGUGAAAUUAUGCACGAGUUCGAAUGCAUUUAUCUGAGUCAUCGUUCCUGCGAACCAGCUGUAAACGAGAAAGUGUGUGGCACAGACGGAUAUACGUACCCGUCAUUUUGUGAAUACCAGAAAGCGAAGUGCACACACAUGGACCUUCACGUUGCAAAGAUUGGGGACUGCACUACUAACAAAUUUUACUAUCCCACUAUAUACGCAUGUUGUACCAUACUAAUUAUAUCGUAUAUUUGUAUCCAUAAUGGAGAGACUGCCAGGAAUUCAAGGGUAUGGAUAAAUAAACACACGAGUAUAAAAAGAAGCCGUUUAACAUCAGUGGGCAAACAUUGGAUAACAUCCGGGUUGUCGGUCGUGAAGAAUAUACAGUGA